GUAUCGUAUCGUGUCGCCGCCACCUCGCUCUAUCCACGGCUUCCCGUUUUCAGUCGGUACCGUCGUGCGACUACCGUUUUCGUCGGCCGACUACCGCGAAAACACGACGGAAUCGGAACGGACCGCCGCCACUACCAUCAAGACGUGAGUACGAUUUACGACCAAUGUAUUGUUAAAUCGACAAUAUUGUUAUUGUUAAAAUAAUACGAUAAACGAGACGCCGCAAUUUUUACGUUUACGGUAGCCGACGUGUCCGCCGUUGCAUGAACGGUGCGCACCGGUCGUAGGGUCUGAUACCCAUGAAUUAAAGUGAUAACUGAUAACCGUCGGUUUUCAUUCCUUGUGAUAAGAGACAUUACAGUGGUAGUGGUGAGAAACGGAACGGGUGACGGAGUGAACAGCUGAUGAUCGGUCGACGUGCUGUGUGUUGCAGCGUCUCCGCCGCGUGACGCACUGAUCUUACGAGUAAAAAAAUAAAUAUAUAGAUGACUACAGUGACUGCAGAGGAAUCGUCAGCGACAGUUGCAAAGAUGAGGUCGACAACUGCGGAUGAUGACAGCGGCCGUAGCAUGAAAGCGACAGACCUAUGGGUGGAUGUUAACGGCGUGGCCACUCGAGUGCUUUGUUGGGGCCAGUCGAUUAACGAUGACAAUCGACAUGAAUUAAAGCGAGUAGUGCUAUGCGUAUGCGGUAACCCGGGAAUAACAGAAUUUUAUGAAAAAUUUCUGCAAGAAGUCUAUCGGACCCUCAACGUUCCUGUCUGGGUAUUAUCGCAUGCAGGCCAUGAAGUUCCACCGUCGAAUUCGGAACAUAAAAUCCCUGAUCCUAAAAUGUAUCCUGAUCUAUACACUCUAAAAGGACAAGUAGAACAUAAAUUACGAUUUAUCGAGAAGUAUGUGCCUGAUAAUUGCGAUCUAUACUUAGUGGGUCAUUCAAUUGGAUCGAAAAUUAUAUCAGAAUUGCUAAAGGACAGUACAAUGGCCCAAAGAUUGUCUGUUAAACGUUCAGUGUUCCUGUUUCCCACUCUACAAAAAAUGCGUGAGACACCAAACGGACGUAAACUUAUAUUUACUGCAUCCAAUUUUCUAUCCAUCACAAUAUUUUUAUCUUGGAUUUUUACUACAUUUCCGGCUUUUAUCAAAACAUUUUUGGUAAAUGUAACACUAAUGAUAAUGGAAGGAGGACAAGUCGAUGACCAUGUUAUCAGGUCAGCCGUGCGUUUGGUUCAUCCAAUGGUGUUACGCAACGUAUUUUCAAUGGCAGUUGAUGAAAUGGAUAAAGUAUACGAAUUGGACAACAAGCCGUUGAAAGAUAACGCGAAGAGAUUGUACAUGUACUUCGGCAAAACCGACGAUUGGUGUCCAACGUCGUUUUACGAUGACAUCAGCAAAUGCGUGCCAGAAGCAGAGACUGUGCUGUGCGAUAAAGGCUACCAACACGCGUUCGUAAUCGGUUAUUCCGAUGAGAUGGCCGGUAUCGUUUGCGACUGGCUUCAACCCGAUCUAGAAGACGCUAAAUCACACUGAUAUUGGACAUCAUUCACAUUACAAAUGCUUUCCGCGUUUAAAAACGAUUUUUUUAUGAAUCAUGGGUUUUUUUUAUCGGCUGUCAUUUUAUUUAUAUUUUUUUGUAGUUUUUGUACUUGUGAUAUCCUUCUAGUUGGACACGUGGCGUGUCACACGCCUCACCUCAUCACGAAACUAACAAAUAAAAUCACAAACUAUUAUAAUUUAUAUAGGUGUAUGUAUAAUAAAUAUAUUGUUCGUAUUGCAUCGUAUAAAUAUAUAGUUUAAAAUAAUAACUAUAAUAUAAUAUAUGAAUGCAAAAACGACUUAUUGGUCUGCACUUAUUAA